UGAAAUCCUAACCUUAAAAUUGCUACAAUUUGUAAACAUGUAAUAAAAUUUAUGGGAUUGGAAUGUGAAUUGUGUCUUUAGUUUUAUUUACUAUAAAAUUGAUUCCAUCAUGAUGAAUACUAGUAAUGCGAGUCAAAGAUUAAAUUACCUAUUUGAGGCAAAGUUGGACAAUGUAAAGAAUCUUUCUCCAGUGUUGAAAGCAAUCAAUUUCAAAGACAAUGCGAUUAUCUUUAUAAAUGACAAAGGUUUGAAAGUGGUUGUUGAAGAUUCCAAAUGUGUUCAAGCUAGUGCUUUUGUUGGAGAAGAUUUGUUCCAGGAAUUUCACCUUAGAACCGAUCAGUUAGUUUUUUGUCUUGAUUUGACUGUCAUGGUAGAAUGUUUAUCUAUUCUUGACAAUUGUUCUGGUGCCGGUACAACCACUGCAUUGAACAUGUAUUAUAAAAGCAUUGGUUCGCCACUGAAACUGCUAAUUGAAGAAGGAGGCAUCAUCACAGAUUGCAGUUUGAAAACCAAAGAUGCUAUUGAAAUUUUAGACUUUGACUUUCCCGUUGAGAAUGAACUCAACAAAAUUAUUUUCCGCGCUUCCGAUCUGAAAGAGAUUCUCAGUGACAUUGACACAAAUUCCGAAUCCAUUGAGAUACUCGUUUCUCCUAAUCCACCGUAUUUCCGAAUCACUACCAACAGUGUAACAAAUCAGUGCUACAUUGAUAUACCAAACAGUAGUGAAGCAGUUGAAAUAUUUAGCAGUAAGUCUCCAAUCAGUGCCAAAUACAAGUAUACUCAACUGAAGCCUGCAUUAAGAUUGAUUGCAGUGUCAUCGAAAACCUCAAUUAGGAUUAAUGAGGAAGGGCUUCUUUGCUUUCAAUUCAUGAUAAAAACUGUUAGUAAACUUGUGGUUUACGUUGAGUAUCUAUGUACACCAUUGGUCGAUGAUGGAUAGUAUCACAGCAAUCAUUUCAAUAUUAAUUUUAUUCUCAAUUAUCAGCCGACCAAGAUACUUUCUUUUUCAAAGACAUAAGCCAUAAUUUUAUUCAGCUUUGAAACUUUCAAUUUUAUACAUUCAUGUAAUGACAUUCUACCAAUAAAUUCGUUUUAAAUUUUCUUACUAAGCUACAUUUUAAUUCUACGAGUUCCUGUUUCCUUUUUCAAUAAGCUACUUGUUCUUCCUUUAGGGCCGAGCCAGAUAAAGCGUAUUUUUCAGGGGUUUCUGCACUGGCAAAGAAAGUGUUGGCUAUGUAGGAAGCUCUCCGAUUGGCUGAUACACGAAGCCACCCAAUCAGCUGAUAACCAGCUACUCGGAGGGGUUCAUGCCCUGCCGAUUUGUCCGUUUCCAGUGCAAAAACGCUUCAUGAGGCUUGGCCCUAAAAAAUUAUCGUAACGUAAACAAGUAUCGUGAACAUUAAUUCACAUUUAAGAUAGUGUUUACCAACGGUAUAUUUAAUAUUAUAAAAUAUAUUUUUUUUAGAUAAAAUCUGACCACCACGAUGGACCAUACUUUGCAUUAAAUCAGUAAAUAAACAAUGGUUUGUGGCAUCAACAUUUUUGCAAUAUUUCCUUUAAAUUUAUAAGCGAAAUUUGUUUACUAAAUAAAGUUAACUUCUUAGUCUAAGCAUUUAUUUACAAAAAUCAAUAUCUUUUACAAUAAUACACAAUGUUUACAUCAUUAUAAAUUGAAUUCAAUAAGAAAAAUUAUAUAUUUAUGGAUUAAGAUUAACUACAGUAUUAAUAAAAAACAUACAUUCAACUACAACAAAAGAUUAUUUCAAUUUAGUUAACAUGUAAACUGUAAAUGCCUUAACAGUGAGAGGUAAAAUACUCUUCCUUUCAUAAACACAAUAUGGUAACAAACCGAUUAACAUAGUUAAUUAAUAUACUAAAACAGGACCAACCGUUCAGGAUGUUUUUUCAAUCUGAAUAAUUAAUGGAGGAAGCAUGCUAUAGGCCUACAAAAUAUCUUAUUACACAUGUGGAAACAUUUUUCUAAGAAAACUGUGUUUUCUAAGCAAUAUUCAAAUCUAAAUUCAACUCAGAGCUAUACUCUGAAGCGGUCCAUAGACUUGCAAUAUCAUUGUACAAUAUUUAUGAGUAAGUAGGUAAUAUCAUAGAGAAAAUAUAGCUCUCUUUGCUCUAUGGUAUUAUAUUGAACAAUUAUAUUGUCUAUUCAAGCCAAAAAACUAACGAUUCCAACUUUUUCUUAUCUUCAAGUGGCGAACGAUAAGGAUUGAGUGGGAAAAAGCCACUUGAACGAAUUUGCAUUUGCAUUUAUCACGUGAGAGAGUAGUUAAGUUCAGCAAGUAAUUGCACAGGAAGCAAGUACUUCAAAUUCAGACAACAUUCUAAUAUUACCUACACAUUUCUACAGGUGGGGUUUACUGUGAUGACAGUACUAAUCCAUGUGUACCAAAGAACUGGAUGACUACCUACCAUAAUAGGAGACGAAAAUAAUUUCAACAAAGCCCUACAAUUUUAUAGAGGUACUGCUUAUGUAAUGAAUAAUGUACAGACAUAUUGAAAAAUACAUCAAAUGAAUACUGAGGAGGAAAACGAAG